AUGCGCCUCCAGCAGCUCUCGCCGCCUCUAGAUCCCGCUUUCGUCGCCCUCCUGGCCGAGAUCAAUGUCAGGACGGACACCGACCUGCUGCUCGGCGCCGACUCUACUCAGCUCUUCGCCCGCCUUCCCGACGGACACGGGCUCUCUCUCCGCGCAUUCCGAGACCAUGUCCAGCAUGCCACCACGCUCGCAGCCGCACAACCCGAGUUCGGGGACGCCGUGUUCGCGCGCGAACAGGCACUCAAGGCCGACGCGCAGUUCGCGGAAGACCCGGAGGUGGGCACAGGCAUCCCCGCGCUCGACGAGCUGCUCGGCGGCGGCUUCGCGCCCCCCGUCGUCGUCGAGGUCUCCGGGGACACCGGCUCCGGCAAGACGGCACGCACCUCUCCCCUCACACUCGCGCUCCAGGUCGCCGCACGCCACCUCGCCCGCGCCCGGUCGUCCAGCGUGCUCUGGAUCGACACCAGCAGCGAGUUCGCGCCCGAGCGCGUCGCCCGCAUGCUCGAUGCGCUCGGCGGGCCCCAUGUCGAGACGGCGCUCGACCGCCUCCAGGUCUCGCUCGCCUUCGACCUCGACGCCGUGCACGCGCUCCUCGAGGCGCUCCGCCAGGCGCUCGCCGCGGCGCCCCACCGGCGCGCGGCGUCGCCUGAGUACGACGCGCGCGCGCCCGACGACGACGCCGCGCGGCCGCCGCGCGUGCUCGUGCUCGACGCCGCGACGCCGCUGCUCGGGCCGCUGCUCAGCGCGACGUCCUCGCACGGGCACGCGGUGAUGGCGACGCUCAUGCGGCAGCUGCGCGAGUUCGCGCGCGCCUUCGCGCUCACCGUCCUCAUCGUCAAUGGCGCGUCGCGCGUCGCACCGAAGGACCCGGCCGCGACGAACCCCGAGGCCGCGUUCGCGACGGGCCGCAAGCCCGCCCUCGGCCCAUCCUUCACGUUCAUGGCCGACGCGACCGUCUGGCUCUCCCGCCGCGAGCGCGAGGGCGUGCAGGAGGACGGGGGCACGGUGCACGUCGCCGAGGUGCUGCGGUCGCGUGCGGUGACGUCCAAGACGUGGGCGCCGUUCAAGAUUUUGGACGGAGUGAUGGUGCCGCUGUAG